GCAUUGACGUCGCGCACCUUGAAAACAAACAAAACGGCACACUGAAACGAGAGAGUUUCUUUUUUGCCCGCUUCCUCCUCGCCACUGGGACGGCCUCCUCCACCUCUUCACGAUCCCCUGACGGCCGCUUUAGAAAAAGGCUCAAAACGAGAGAGGAGAGGUGCGAGGUGCGCGUGUGCGUGUUUAGUGUAGUGAGUGUGUCGUAGGGAGAGGUUAUGUGAGUCGAGUGAUGUCCUCCAGCACAGCUGCGAACCGCAUGAACUUGGCUGCCCUGCAGAGAGUCGAUUCUGCGGUCACCGAGAUUGUGGACAACGCGAGCCAAGUAGCGCUGUACAAGUUUGCCCCGGCGACAAACGGCUGGGAAAAAACAGAAAUUGAAGGAGCUUUAUUCAUCUUUGCAUGGUCAAAGACCCCCAGCCAUGGCUUCAUUGUUAUGAACCGCCUGAACACAACUAAUCUCCUGGAACUGAUCACUCCAGAGGUUGAGUUCCAAACACAGUCGCCGUUCCUUUUGUACAAAAGUAGCUCUGGAAUAUACUGCAUCUGGUUCUACGACACAGGCGAGUGUGAAAGGCUCGGGAAGCUUUGUCAGAGCCUAGCGAGAGAGAGCAAGAUGUCGUCCAAGUCGAAGAACCGCCAGCGCUGUGCCUCCGAGAGUGACAGCCUGCACAAGUUUCCACUGGCUGUUCCAGCUGCCUCGCAGAACGGUGGCCCCAAGGACAUUGUGGCCCUCCUGUCCAAGGCAAAGGACCAGUACAACAUGAAGAAAGCCGAGGCCUCUUCUACUGGCCAAAAGCAGCACCGAAACGGGACUCGGGGCCGAGGAAGCCGAACCUUCGUCUCGUCGGCGAUGGCGAACAGCGCGCAUCCGGAGGCUGCCAGCAACGGCCACCACGCCAAUGUGUCGUCCCCUCCAAAUGUGCUGCACAAGCCCACACCAUUGAGGACGACCACCAAUGGCGUCGUUGCCCCGGCAACCGCCCAGGCGCCAUCAACGCCCCUCAGUGUGGAGUCUCUCUUUGCCGCUGUUGGUCAGAAGAAGCCCGUGGUGAACGAAGCUGAAGAUGCAAAGGAGGCCCUGCUGCGAGCAUUGCUGUCCAAUCCCGACAAUCGGGUGGAGCACGUGGAGCGGAUUCAGCGCAAGGAAGCUGAUGCGAAUGGUGACGUGUUGUGUGAGCAGCCGCGCCUGCGUGCGGCCUCCUGCCAGGCCAACAUCACGGCUUGGGAGAUGAGCGACGACCUGCGACACAAGCUCAACCUGUGCUGCUCUUCUUCAUCCUCUGCCGAGAACAGCGUGCUGCCUCCCGUGGUGACACCAGCCAUGCUGGAGAAGGGCAUCGGCAACACCGAGCGCCGCUCCUCCCCUACCGCGGCCGCGUGUGGGGACCCCCACUCUGGCAGAGAGCCGUGCAAGGCCCCACCAGCGUCAGACCUGCCUCUGCUCACACCCAUGGCUUUCACAAAACCAGCUGGCCAACCCACUGCAGUGCCUCCCUUGUCGUUUGGCUGUGCUUCGUUUGCGACUCCUAGCAUGUUCAUGAAUGGUGACGUGGUGGCCAAGAAUCCGGAGUCUGUGAGCGCCCUGACCAAGGAUCAGCUGAAGGAUGCUCUGGUCCACAUGUUGCAGACGGACGACAGUUUCUUGGUGAAGCUGCACGAGGCGUACGUAGGGAGUCUGAAGAGCCGGUUCAACCUCGACACGCGGACUGGCAACGGCUCGUCCACGGGAGGCCUCUUGUGAAAGCGAACCUUGCAGAGCCGUGCUCGCACGGCUCUUGUCGUACUCUACGAAGAGUCCGUGGCAGCUCCCGGUUCGGCCACCUCAUCUUCCACAGGAGAUGCCGUGAGCCGGUGUUUGGAGGUGCUUCUAGGGACAAGUGCCGAGCACGCGUUUCAGCCGCACAUUGUCGGAUGCGCUCAAGGAGGCGACAACGGACACUCGCCGUACCUCGCCGUAACAUUGUGAGCAUGCACUGUCUAGCUGGCAGAAGACAUUAAUUGUGCCUUGAGGUGGCACGGUGCUUCUGCCACUACUGACACUUCACGAGUGCAGCUAUACGAAGGUGUUUAGCGUAGGGAUCAACUUGGGGUCGGGAGUUUGAAUUGUUGUGUUUUUGUGGCCCUUAUGCCUUUAUUGCAGCUCUGUGGGAGGUGUGUGCCGCAUCGCCGCUGUUUCAAGUGCUGAGACAUCGUGCAGGUGUGUGCUUGGUGCGCCUACGCUUACCCCCGUGUUCACAAAUGUGCUUCAAUCUUACAGGUCAACUCGACUUUUCGCGAGUCACCUUCGCCAUCUGCUCAAAAUGAACGAUGUGAAGGGUUGGCUCGUUGCGUUUCACUGCAGGAAUCUCCAAGAAGUUUUACUUAAUGUGCAGUGUGCUUUUCUCGUCAAGUGACGGCACUGUCCGAAUUGCGAGAUGAGACCCGUUUGUGAAUACGGAGGCCAGUGUCAGAUCAUGCAUAGUGUAGUCAAAUUUUCUUUAGCGUCAUGUGUUGUUGGCUCUCGACACACACGAAUCUUUUACAAAGACUGAUUGGUCGCCUUCAUUUGUAAUAGCAAAGAGCAAGUCAUUGGUGCGACUUCGUUAGGGCUACCAGCUUGCUGCAUCCCUGAUCAUGGCCGACACAAUGACAGGGUUGCACAAAAUAUAACAUUGUGCUUUAAAGUACUGCCACUAUCCACUGAAGCAGCAAGCCUUGGUGUGCCUUUGCAGUUUCUUUUUGCAUACAAAAAGCACUUCAGAGGCACUCCAAUGCCAUUGGCAACUCCCGGCGACAUAUCUUUUUACCGUCGUAAGCAUACAUGUGAUGUGCAAGUUUCAACUUGCGCAUGCCAUACUAAAUUUAUUUAUCUUGACGAUUGCUUAUGUUCUUAAGAGCAGAAAGCUUCUUUGUCUGGCAUGAUGUUUAUUUAAAAUAGGAAUCAAUCUGAUUUGACAGAAUCACCGUACAACCUCGGCAGGCACCUCCAACAGAGCUGCAAAUCAAGGAGCGUAUCAUUGACUUCUAUUUUAUUUUAUUUUUUGCGUCUUUCGUUUUUAAACACAUUGCUGUCACCAUGCUAUAUCAUGUGAAACAUAAUAGCGUGCUGGUUUUCCUGCCUCUGCAGCUUAUUGCUGAUUGUUCGCUGAUGUAGGAUGGAUCGCAGCAGUGUUGUCUGGUGCUGCAGAGCAGAGGUGUUUUUAAGCUUUCUUCAAUUUGUUUUAACUCUGCUGAGCCUUGUUUUAAAAGCUGUUCAGGCGAUUUACAUGGCUUGCACAGCAUCUGCAUAGUCAAUAGGCUGGUAGCAGUGAAUCCACGCUUUCUUGUGCUGUGAUUCUUCGCAGGCUGGCACACUUGCUUUCUGUUUGCAUGCACACAUUUGGCAUUAAAUUAGGGCUUAGUAAUUUCAUUACACAGCUAUUCAAGUAGGGAUUGCAGGAACCCUGGGAUAACAGUUUCGUGCAUUUGGCCAUUCCUCGCAUUGAUCUUUAAGGCAUUGUCAAGGGGUCACAUUUAGGUGAGGAAAAGAGAAUGUGGCGAGUUCAUUAUUGCCUUAGAGUGAGGGAACAUGUAAGUGGUCUCCUUAGAGGCUUUGGCAAGCACGUAGGAAAGGACUGGGUUUGACCAUAACUUGUUAAGCAAGGGGGUGAACCGGGCAAGUUCAAGCUUGCAAACAUUACAAAUGGCUCAAGUGAAGGCAACAAAAUGGAUGACCAGUGUCAUGUUCUUGAUGCGUUUGGGCUGCUUUGAGAGCCCGGAAAGGAGCCUUGCUAUUAAAUCUCAUCGUCAUGCCUUGGAAUUGCUCAGGGCGAGGUGCAAUCAACCCGGUGCAACUGGUGUCAGUGCGAAAACUUGGUGCAAUCGGAAUAACGGCUAAAGUCCGGCCUCGGUAGCGUUACUUGUAAAGCGCGGGUGAAGGCGAAGUUUGCGUGAUGCAGACAGCUUUUGACUUGAGCCUGCGCAAUUCAGUUGCCAGAGGAGUCUGGCAAAUGAAACGCCACAGAAGUAGAGGCCACGUAUUGCUUGGUGCAGAACACAGUUUCGCCGAAGACCAUUUUGAACCAACCAGUCUUUUCAGUGCCUAUGCAUGUGCACUUGGCUUUGAAAGUCGAAGGCUUUCAGGUCAUCAUCAAAGAGUUGAGCUACCCCGCACUUGAAAAUCCACUGGGAAUUAUGCAUGGAACAUUUUGCUUCAUUAUGGCCAUGUGUCUUUGAGGUCUCAAGCCCAUGAACAAAAGGAUUGGUUCCUUCUUUUCACAUGCACAUCUUAACAUUGCCCAUCCUGGAGUCCCAGCUUUCUUUCGAAAACAUUACGCCUUUGAGAAGCAAGCUUACUCCAGACAUGGAGCUCAUGAUCUUAUCUUUGACUGCCAUCAGCUGCUGUUUCAUUUUAAUUCAUUGUUCAUUUCAAUUUUUCUGCACUGAAGCAUUGACCCCCUUCCUUAACGAGCUUGUUGAGAAGGCAAGUUUCACGAUCUUAACUUCCACCUCUGUUCUGCAGCACGGCAGGUUCUGCAGCCAGGCAGGUUCUUCCUCGUCUCAUACGGUAUUCUUUCAUAUGCAACCGUACCGGCGCAUAUCAUUCUUGGCAUUCUUCAUCUGCUUGAAUGAAAAACUGCUUUCUUGUGUCACUUUUAUCUUGUCAUUGCAUCACUUUCAUGUUCAAAAGUUUUUUUUUUUUUAUCAUCAGCCUGCCCCUGCUUCAGUUUAGAUGGGGGCAUACUUCUAGUGUCGUUCUCUAAUCUUCUGUGUCAAAACGAUCUUCAAGAGGUGAAAAGCGGUAAACGUUUUGAGCAACGAGUGUUGUUUCUCUGAGCCGCUGUGUGUCUGUACAUGUUUCGUCUAGAAUGGUGUUUAGUGUGUCACGUGCACGCCACCUCUGUCUCAAAGCAAGAUUACAGAAUCCUCUCCGUGUUUUAGAUUGAGGCAGCGUGUGCGCAAGGGUGAAAAUGUAGCGGGUGAAAAUGCGCGAGAUGUUGAAACCAAGCUGGUAUAUCAUUCUUCUAGUGGUGCUGUUUGGUAUUGCUUUCUCUUUUAGCACUAACUAGGCCUUUUUGUGGUGUGAGCGGAAGGAAUUUUAUUUUAGAAGUUUUGCUACUUUCGACUGCUUGUCCCUAUGCUCAAUGGAAAGCUCAAAUCCAGAGGCCAUGAGCAUUAUGUUGUUGACAACACUUCUGACCGUCCCCUUUCACGUGGCACUUAGUUACACAGGUAGUUGUGAGAAAGCUGCGAUCUUUGCAACAUUAGCUUUCAGGAGAAUGGUCCACAAAUUUCGGAAGUUACUUUUUUGAAGACCAUUUGUCAGGCAGUCUUACGGUUAGGACAGUGUGGUAGGUGCAUGGCAGUUCUGGCAAAUGAUCAGCACCUGCUUGGGCUAUUCACUCUUAUCAGGCCACUCAACUGUUCUUCACAAUUGCACCUGGCAUUUUAACACUUCAUGGACGAUGUUCCAGCAUUGUAUGACCCCUGCUUGAAAAUUAGGCCUCAAGCUUUCCGUCUUGUUCAUAAGUGGUUGGACGAGUGAGGCAUAUCCAACAAGCAGUAACGGUUUUGAGUAGCUGUUUGUGGCGUUAAGCUCUUCACUUUUUCGUUUGACGCUUGGAGAUGACGCGGUCUAACAGGGUGUGUGAAUAGGUGAUGCGUACAUUUGCACGCAAAUACCGAGAGGCAAGAUGCCCACUUUGAUCCUCUCCCUUCUUUUGCAAUGUAGACCAGCGCACUUCAAGCACACCCCUGCCUUCUGUCUUGAGGACAGUACGUCUUGUGGGGUUUGCAUUUCUCGGCGUUUCUUUCGUUUUCGGCUGUUUGGCACUGUUUGCCGGCGCUACUGAGGCAGAGAGAGACAUCCUGGCAGGCUUGCUAAAGCUAGUCUUGGCUCGUUAUAGCCACCUCAUUAAUGCAGCAAUUAAUGGGUGAGAAUGAGGGUUGCAGUGCAAACAAAGUAAAACGGUGCUACAUGCGUGUUCAUGUGUGGCUAUAGCUCGCGUUCCAUUUCUUUCGUCUUGGAACUUCUUAUGUUGUGCAUGUUACGUUACGUGUAGGCGAGAAAGAAGUGUUGGAAGCGUAGGAGUGGUUUGGAUGACUUGCCUCGUAAUUGUACUGCUCUGUUUACAUGACCCUCCAGUUUUCUUUUGUCACAGUGGACGGAUACCACUUGUAUGCGUACACUCCCGUGUGUGAAACUCGCGCUGGUUUACGUCACACACGCGGCAGUGUGUGUUUUUGUACGUGGUGUAAUUAAUGUACAGUGUACAUAGUGUGGUGUCUGUGUGUGUUUGUGUGUAUGUACAUGUUCACUCCAUCCAGUAGAUGCUGGAUCUCUCACAAGCAGCAAACUGAGAGGAAAGUGCAGGUUGCCCUUUUUUAUAUGUGGCUCUGCUGUCAUGGACAGACUGUGCUGUUUUUCGCGAUAAUGGGCUUACAACUUUAAUGGCGGUCCUAUGACAUCUCAUACCAUAGGCCCAUGCUUUUUAAGUAAACAUGCACCCUUGAGUGUGUAAGUUUACACCUUCAAGUCAGCAAAACUUACACCCUAGAAGGCACAUGUUUUGCCAACUCUUCAGAAAUGCACAUUGUUUACAGUGUAAGUUCAUCACAGCAGUGAUCAUCAUCAGUCUUACAUGCAUUUGAAAUGUUACACACUGUACUUUGUCAUAAGUAACACCAUAAACAUCUAAGUAUUACGUAGUGCUCUUCACAGGUAAUUAGUAGGCACAUCUGAUUAAUGAUUAGGGUAUAUAUUUCCCAUUCUUUUGAGUUUAAAAUGUGUGUAGAGCGUAAAGGAGAGUAAACGGUCGUCGUAGGCAAUUGUAAACUUUGUUUUUUUCUACAGCCAAUAAUUUUCUGCCAUCAUAGUGAAACUCUGGAAAGAGUAUUUCAGUCUAACAAGUACCAGGCAGGCAGGAUUAAAAAGAGAUGUACACAAAAGGGAUCAUACUCAUUGCUCGGAGAAAAAGUCACAUCCUAAAGAUUAUGACACUUCUAAGUGCGUUCAGUGAAGACAGUUUUCAAAUUGAGAUUAUCCCUCUGUAUCAGUUGUUCUGUAAAUGACUUGUUCAGCAGAACUUGGUGCAUAGGUAGAGAGGACAUGCACACAAAUGCGGAGUAUGUGAUACCAUCAUGAGAGAUUGCUGCAGUGUGUUCUCUAUAGCAUACCUCGAUUAGUGCUUAUUGGGCUGGGUGUUGUGUUUCUGCCACUGUAUCCACAUAGUCGCUUAGUGACUACAAAGCAAGGCAGGUGACUUAAUGGUACAACAUUCCUGCUUGAGUUGUAAAGUGUGCUUCUUUCUGUCAUACCAGCCUUGUGGAAUUUAGCAUUGUAACAACUUCAGAGCAGUAGACUGCAAUUCACCCAGUCUUCGUCUUUGCCGAUUUUAGUACAGCGCCAUACUAGUUGUACAUAAACAAGCACAAAGCACUUCACAGUGCAAGUCCACUGUGCCUCAUGAUGCUGAUUGGCUAGUCAUUGCUCAAGUGACAUUAGCAUUAGAGUAAGUUGCUGAAUUAUGAAACGAAUAUUAGUCCUGUCCUAGUAGAGUCCAAUAAUUGGUGCACUGCUGUCAAAAUUUGACAAGGGUAGGAAUUGGAGUUGCUGGUGUGACAUAUGUCGGGUAAAGUGAAAAAAAAAACACAUGAACGCAAGGAGAACACGACACAUGCUCUAAGGAAAAUGUGGAACAUGUUCUGCACAUUGCAUGUGUUGUGUUCUCCAUGAGUUUGUUUUUUGCACUUUUUUUUGGCAGGAAGCCAUCCAUGGCUCUUAAGGGCUGUAGCUUCUUACCUGUUCAGCAGUAGAUAGCAAGUGUAGGACAGGCAAACAAAAUCUUUUGUUUGUGCAUUUCAUUUUUCACUGAACAGUACAGGUUUUGUGAGGCUGUGCUGAAUUUCAGUGAUCCAGUACCACUCUGGAUUAUUGGUGUGCGUUUCUUCUCCUGGAUCGAAAUGCUUUACUUGGCAACCUUGAAACCAUCGGCAUUCUUCAGUCUAGGUGUAUGGAAAUAUUUGAGCUUUCCCAAGAGGCAGGACUAGUGCUGGGUGGUAGCUUGGAUGGUGUUGGUAAGACGCACAGGUUUGUGAAACGCACUUUAAAAAGAGAUGAGAUGAGCAUGACUAAGUUGCCGUGUGGCUUAUAUUAUGGAACAGCACGAACAGCAACAUGAGUAAACGACCUGCACAGCACUUUUUCUACUCUUUGCGUUGAUUUUAGCACUGUUAUAGUUGCCUAAACCAGGGAGGGGGGUAGCAUUUCCAAAUGAGUUCCUCCUCAAGAUCCUCGAUCAGUGGUAGUCAUAAUUGUGAUAUGUGUGCAGCUUCUGGUGCUAAAUAAUCACAUAGUUUUAGGCCAGGGCUUUACUGUCCACCUUGAGCACAUAGUGGGGGUUUCUUUGUUUUCAUUUUGACCCGUGAGCAGCUUUUCUUUAAACAGGAAGAUUGUAUGGUACAUUGCGGGAAACUUCCAACCACAGGUUCCUGUAAGUUAAGCUCUGUCACAUGUUCACAUUUUGCAUGCUCAAAAGUUGUUUCUCGGAGCUUUAUAUAACCGGAAGUCAUGCGGCUAGCAUGGCAGUUCAUUUGUCUAACAAAUGAAGAGACAGUUUUACCAAAAGGCAGUUUUUUUUUUUUUUUUCAUUACUUAGGCUGUAGAUCUCCACAUAACAUCGUAGGGACACCAGUGCGUGUGGCACGUGAACGACAAAGUUGCAAGUCAUUUGUGCAUAUGAGAUCAUCUCCUGCACAUCAUUCAUUCACUACGAGCUGUAUGUAAAAAGCCAUCUCCUCAAAAUGUGGAUGAGCUGCUGCCCAUUGCUUUAACCCGAGCUGUCAUGAGCCUCGGAUAAGUCCAUAGAUUUCAGUGAGCUGCUUGUGAGACAAAAGAUGUGCCAUCACCCACCUGUUACACUUUGACGGUCUUGUAGGAACGGGAGUCACAUUUGCAGGAGUUGCAUAUCGAGCUCAUUCGGGCGUUACUGGCACUUUUGCGCGUUUCCGCGUGAAGGUGUUGUACAUAGCUGCAUUGUGAACUACAUACUUUUGUAUUCCCCAUCUUAUUUGGAAGCACAGCACAUCCUCACUCUCUAUUUGUGCAUGUUCUUUGGAUCGCUCUUAUGUAUUAAGCCUGCCAUCGCAUAAUUUCAUUUUCGCAACAGUUUCUGAUCAACAUAUUGCACGUCCCACUGGCCCUCAAGCAUGUCAUAUAUUUUUUUAUCUCUUCAGCAUUGUCGCAGCUGUAUAAGCUUUAUCACAUGUCUGAGUGGCACCGAGUCUUUCUGAAACUUAACACAUUAUCCUACCAUGUGCAAUGCUGUUACAUGAGCAGAGAGUAUGAUCUUUUAAAACGAGCAAGUGUGUGUGCGUGUGUGAUGUGAUCUGUCUUUUUUUUUUCUUUUGGUGGCACUACGGCCAUCACACGUUGUUUCACUGUGAAUAUGUAUAUACCUGCUCAAGGACCCAUUGCAACCACAUUUGCGGGUGGCCUCAUGUGUCUACGAGGCAGAGGGGUUGUCACCACGUGGCGUCCUUGAUGAUGUUCAUUUGGUGACUGCAAGAUCGCCAGAGACACGAAAGAGCAGCAUCAGUUAUACGCCUCACAAGUCGGCACAAGUCGCAUCAACUGAAGUUGUCGUGUUUGGCGUCGGUAACUGUAGUAGCACGUGGCAACUGCUGCAAGCACAGCUCACCACAGAAGCAAGGGACUUCUCAUAGUGUUCUUGAGGCUGUGCUCUGCGGCUCGUGCAAGAAGCGGCAGCGAGCGUUGGAUGUUUGCCACGUCUUGACCUCAUCGUUCAUUUAUCAAUGCUGCUGUCUUUUCAACGACUGGGACUAGACCUUGUUAUCUGGUCACAAUGCCGUCACUUUGUUAACUUCCUGCUCCAUGCCUGUGGAGUGUGUGGCUAUCUGUCUCCUCAUUGGCAAGCUGAUGGACUUGAGUAUGCCACUUCAUCAUAUAUUUGUGUGGACUGUGAUGUUGCAGCCAUGCGCUUACGUUGACGAGACAGCAAUGCUUCGUGCAUUGAAGAACAUCCCUGCCCCAUCCCUCCAGCUGUUCCCCGGUGUCAGCUUUCUCGAUAGCUACCGAAAACUACUGGCAUUUUCAAAGUGUGACUUUGUGUUUGCGGGAACGAAGUGUCAUUGUAUGUGGCGACUUAGGGGUUACUUUUUUUUGGCUGUGAUGACAAAAUUUCUCUAGUGGCUACGGCAAAGAGAGCUGCAAGUAGCAGUGAUGAUACAUUGUGUUGUGACUGCAUUUUAUAGUUUAUAGUUCCACUUAUGUUGAAAGGAGUGGUUUGCUAUCAGUGUUUGUUUUUUUGUUUUGGUCGCACCUAUCCAUUCAUGCUACAUGUUUAAAGUCUCACUCUUGUGUGUGGUUGAGCACAUUUUGACACAGACCUUUGCCUUGUUUCUAGUGGCAAACAGGUGUACAAUGUGUGUCGUUAAAAAGGGGGCACAAAUGCCUCUGGGAGAAACAGUAGAGGUGAUGUGGGCGUCUUUCACACUGCGUUACCGCAAUUUCUCCCGCAAGAAGCGAAUGCUGCGACUACACAGGGUAGUCAAGUUCCUGACAUUUGAGAGCCUCUGCAGUAGCCAGUGUCAGUUGCAGCUCGUUUCUAGUGAAAUAAUGAAGAUAGAUUCCCAUGUUGUUUCAUAUCAUUAUCAAAAUGCUGUAAGAAACAAGUCACAUAAUUUCCAUUUCUUGAUCCAGGAAUUUGGCUUCUCACAAACACCGUGUACAUUGGCUAAAGAGCAGUGUUGGAUCAUUGAGAGCCAGUGCUUGUCAAUGUUGUAGCACUGCUACAUUGACGCAUACGUGCAGCAUCCUACACUGUUGCCCAUGCCAUCCAACGAAUUCGUAGGCUAACAGCAUGUCUUGCAUAUUGUAAAUGUGAUGUGCACGUCGUGUCAGCUGCAUUUCAUCCAAGCUGGCAUAGACGAAUGUGCAGUGGUCAGCACAUGCUCCGGCCACUGGACUUUAGGUGGCUUUGCGUUGCGAACAGUGUAACUUUUGACAUUGGUACCAGCCAACCUGUCAUGCAGUGGUAACAGUUUCACACUUCAUCAAAGUUGUGGGUAGGAGGUCGAAGCAGCAAAGUCCAAACCGGUAUGUCGCUGCUACCAUUUGCUUGAAACCAAAGUUCCUCACCAGAAUAACUAUCCCGCCAGUCCGUCCCUUAUCGGCAGACCUUCAUGUUAAACCCUGGGCUUGCUUUCAAGUACACGCUAAACAGGGUUCUUGUUUGUUUGAGAAAUGUGGUGCGUUUUUCUUAUUACAUCAACCGCCGGGGAACUACUUAAAAUUGGCUGUUGUCAAGACUGGCUGGCAUGUGUUGGAGGCUGCUUGUUGGUAACACAUCAGAAAAAAAAAAGGGGGGGAAAAAAAGAAAGAAAAGCCUGUCCAAGCAUAAUGCGUCCUUUGGAUGGCUUGAUGCGUCUGACCUUGAACAUCAAGACGUACGUCAGCUCCAACAUCUUGCAAGUCGUUUCCUUGCAAACUUAUUGAAAAGAAACACUUUGUCGGUAUGCUCAAAGCUUGGCAUGUCGUGCCCUCGUGGGUGAAGUGUUUCUAGCUAUUUCUAGUGAGGUAUGCACGGCAUGCAAAAAAACACUAAUGUUCUUGUGCAUCUAUAGUCAGCAUAGUACUGUACUGUUGAUCUUUAGUGGUUUCCAGAACGUUUGGAUAACUUGUGCAUUUUCUUUUCCUUCCAUUGUUGUUGCGUUAAUGUCACCGCCUUUUUUUUUUUUUUUUUUCAUUUGUAUCUUUGCAGUUUUGUCACUUUACUAACUUCGUUAAAAGACAUUGCACUUUUUCAUUCUUGCCACUGAGUUAGCCGUAGGGCUUUCUUCUCCAGAAGUGUGGCAGGCAAACUGUGGUCGAAUGACCCAGGAGUGCAAACCAGUAUUUUAAUUUUUUGGUAGCACCUGAAGUUUGGGUGCUCCCCUGUGAUUGGUCAAGGCUCCCAGUUACCACGUGUUCUCACAGACUGGCUAUUUCCUGCACCUUAAUUGGUAUGCAGAUUGUGGUAGCAGAUGCAGAGAUUUUUCUGCACAGCACUUUUCCUUUAGAAUUGCUUUCUCUUUUUUUUUAAGCUGGCACUCGUUUCCACAUAUCAGCACUGCACAAAUCGGAAAAAUAUUAAAUUUGUCAGUGCUCCCACACUUAGCAACUGUUGUGCCCGCGAUGCUUGCAGCUGAAAGCUUUAACACAUGCAGGAUUACCAUGAGCUCAAACAAACCUGCAAGAGCAUAUUAGCGGCAGCAAAAAGAGAUUGAGAUGGACUACAGAAUUAUCAAAAGGACAUCAUAGUGUUCAACUGCCAUCGGAGCUGGGAGCUUUGACCAAUACAGGGUCGCAAGCUAUCAUGGAGCCAUUGUGCUCCAGGGUUGUCAAGAUCAAGUAUCAUGUAGGACCGUGUAUCGAGUUAUGCGGUCAUGACAUGAUUGUGUGGCUCUUGUUAAAAAGUACAUAGGACACUGUCUAUAACUACGGCUGCUGUGAAAUACCGAUACGAAAGAUUUGUCAUGCAAACUGGGAACAAGUAGAAGACAGGGUAGGACGCCAUUAGUAUAAACAGAAUGGCACCCUAUCAUGCCUUCUACUUGUUUUUCCCUUGCACUCAGUUCGCACCACAAAUGUUUCAUUAAAGAACUGCUGUGCUCAUUGUCAAGAUGUCCAGAGCAUUAAGGAGCCAGUAGAUGCCCAGUAUGUGACCAGUAGUCCCAGACCAGUCUGACCUGUGUGCUUUUGACGAGGAGUUCACAUUUGGAGACGUUUCGCUUGCUGGUGACAUGCUGCCUGGGGGACCUCAUGGUCUACCGUAGCAUGUAACCACAGGAUGGGGAGGUGUUGUCCAACGUCACGUGCCACCGUGGCAACUUGGUAAUCCGGGAUCACAUGCAACAUUGGGCGUGUUUGUGGACUUUGUAUGUGUGUAGUGAAGUGAACAGGGAUCUCUAUUUGUGUUUUAAGGCUGUUGGAAGUCUGUUUUUCACGUUGAGCCCAGAAACUUUUCAACAGAAUUUCUCGGAUAGUAUCGGCAGCUGAAGUUUAAGCUUAUCUGCGCUGUAGUAGUUGCUUCAAUGCCCAUGAAAGUUCCCUCCCUCUUUGUAGCACCCUGUUUUCCACGGUGGCAUGUGGCCAUGCGGACACUGUGUUGUGAUGGCACGAGUUGUUUGCCAUCUCAAUGUGAGUGCAGGAAGUAGUGUAUAUGUGUUGUGCUGCUGUUGCCGACAGCUUGAUUUGGCACCCAACUUUGUCUGGGCUGAUCAGAGGUUAAAAAGUAUAAUAAAUCUAUUAGAGCCCUAUUGUGAACGUGGAGCAUGCAAGUGGAGCGAGAGCAGUGUCUAAUAGGACCAAACUGAGUUCGAAAAAAUUGCUUUUACUUGCCAAGCCUUACCUGGCAGUGGGCAGCGCUUGCCUUGGCUUCGGUACUGCUUUAAAACCCAAUUCAUGUGGCCUUGAAACACUCCAUCACAUCAUUCUGGCGGCACCGGUACCAGCCAUGAGAUGGCAUCAUCUUAUCACAACACACCGGUGACCACAGACCAUGCUGUUAACGUCAGCAGUGUGCCAUUUUCAAAGGGAAAAGUGGUGAAAAAAAAAUAGGUGAUGUGAGUGAGUGUUUGACGGCUGCAUGAAUCGAGCCUAAGCCAAGCUGCAGCCCCGUCUUGUUCUGUCAAGCCCUUGUGCCCUUGUCCAGCUAGGAGUUUAAUUGGGGAAAAAAAAUUCAUUGGGCUGACUCCCCAUCUGGUUGGGUCGCAACUUUUUGAGCUUCCGGAUCAACAAGUACAAAUCUUUGAAUGCAUGUGUGUUUGGGUACAUCAGUGUGUAUGCGGGUAUCUGUGUAUGUUUGUGCCUUUGCAAGCCCAGCAUUUUGAGAGAUUUUAAAGAAGCAAAACGUUUUGCAGUCCACUUGCAGAAUGUGGUUUAUGAACAAAGUGUACUGGUCAUUCAGCAUUUUCUCUAUACAUUUCUUGCAGCUGUAUCCUGUGGCGACUGGUUAGAGGUUGUUUGGCAAAGCUGUUCCCAGGAUCGAUUUAUACUUGGCACUAGAAAGCUGCAGUUGAGGUGGCAUUUCACAUUGCAGUGUUUUUCCUUGAAAUGAUUAGAUUUUUGCAACAGCUAUUCAAGUGAUUGCCACCAACUACAUUCUGGUAAUGCCAGACUGUUUCACGAACUGUUCACUUAGUCAUCGUGCGCAUAAAUGCUAAAACAAUGCAAGAAAAUCUAAUAAUACAGCUGCUGCUUGCAACAGUAUUUUGCACUCAUACGGACCUACUUUGGUCGAACCAGUGAGCACACUGUUUUUUGCACCGGUGAUUAAUCAGUUGCAGCCCAUAGCCAUUACAUUAAGAAGCAAGAAAAAUGCUUCACCAUUGUGUGCAGUUGCAUUGGUGAAAGAGGUUACUGCAACAAGCUGUAGCUGAAGUUCAGCUUAAAGACGAUUGGCACAGUGCAACCAGCUUAUUGGUUGUAUAGUGACGCAAGUUCGGUCAUUCAAGUGCAGCAAGCCAUUGUCACUUAUGAGCAUUUUACCCAACUGUUCUCGCCAGCUGGAAAAACAGAUUUUGAAACACUUUUUUGGAACAGCUUCCAAGCACAUGAGAGAAAAAAAAAAAGCAAAAUGCUAAAAAGAUAUGAUGCAAUUGUGAGCAUUUGGUAGAGCACUAAAUUUUUUUUUUUUUUAGUAAUUAGCUCCAGGAUAGUCAAUAGUUACGAUAAUGUUGCAAUGCUUCUUUUGCUAGUGUGUGUGUGUGUGUAUGUGUGUGUGUGUGAAUGUAUGCGUGUGCAAAUAAGACAAAAAUCUUUAAAAGGUUAUAGACAUUCUUUUUUAUCAUUAUUAUGUUGACAAAUGUAUAAUUAGUAAUCCUCAAGCUGUGGAUUAUUUUUUAUCGGUCAUAAGUUUAUUUGUGCUGCUGGUGCCAAUUCAGAUUACAAAUAUUCAAGGAAUUGCUUAUUACCCUGUCCACAAGUUCAGUGAUUUCCUAUGGUUGUUCAUUCAUGCUUUCCUGGUGUUUAAAUUUGUCUUUAUUUUACAUUCUUAUAAGUGAGUGAACGAGAAUCUGCAUUUGGCACUGUAAUCUGGGCUGUUGGAAAAAAUUCUAUUGGUAACUUAGAAACUGAAAGAAAAAGGAUGUUUUAUCCCGAUACUACAGAUAUUAUUGGUGAAAUAAAAAGGAGUAUUGGCAAAAUGG